AUGAAAGCCAUCGUCUUUGUUUUAAUCUUCGCUGUUGCUUUUGCAGUUACUGCUACUCAUCAAGGAGAAAUUAUCUGCAAUCUUUGCACUGGACUUAUUAAUACACUUGAAAACCUCCUUACCACUAAGGGAGCUGAUAAAGUAAAAGAUUAUAUUGGCAGCCUUUGCAACAAAGCUUCAGGAUUCAUUUCUACUCUUUGCACCAAGGUUCUUGAUUUUGGAAUUGAUAAACUCAUCCAACUUAUUGAAGACAAAGUUGAUGCCAAUGCUAUUUGUGCUAAGAUUCAUGCUUGCUAA